CAGUUAAAUGUAUGUGUAUGUCGAUAGUUAUUUGUCGCUACUUUCGCGUCAUUCUUCGAUUGUUGUCGUCUACAGACUACAAAUCUCUGUAAAGACGAAGCUUGAAAAACAACGCGAAAAAAUGCAAGCCCGGGAAAAAAAUCAGCAGCGUCAUUCGAAAGGCGAGUAAUAUCCGACGGCAAAGGGUAAAAAAAUGCAAGGAGCAAAAUAGCCUUACUCUGAGAGUUCAUUUUUGAGUUAAAUGGUCAAAGAUGCAUCAGGUGCUAUUAGUACAAACAAAUUUGAUUACGGAGAUUCCUCCGCAUUGCCUGCUGAAAAUACUUCGGAGGAAACAGAACAAGAAAAUGAAAUGGAAAAUGCUAAUGGACUGAAAGUAGAAAAAAAGUUUCAAGCAUCACACUACUUUGGAACCGAAUUACGAUGGACAAGGAUUAUCAUAAUUGCGAUAUGGCAUAUUUAGGCAGUUUAUUUUUUAUUAAUCUGCCCCUUUUCUCAGAAGAAAUUACUUGUCCUAUACAAAACAUAGCUCCAGCAGAAAAUAAGUUUGUUGCCUUUAUAGCGCAAGGUGAAGGUUGGCAUAAUUACCAUCACGUAUUCCCCUGGGAUUAUAAAGCUGCGGAAUUAGGAAAAUACGGAUUCAACCUCACAACAGCAUUAAUUGAUAUGUUCGCCAAAAUUGGAUGGGCUUAUGAUUUAAAAGAACCUUCUAAACAAUUGAUUAAUACAAUGAUCGAAAAGAAUGGGGACGGUUCUCAUUCAACUGCGCAAAUCGAACCUGUCGAUUAAAAUAAAUUAUAUUGAGUCAUAUAUGUUUUGUGAAAUUAAAAGGGGAGAGAGGUGGAGGUAUGUAGCAAAAAAAACGUUACGUAAUAUAUAAGAGUUUGCCAAAAGUAUACAAAUGUUGAAAUGUAUACCUAAAUGAUGAGCACACAAUUUUAAAUCCCGUUUUAUUGGUAAUGUUAGAAUUAAUUUCAUAUUCUAUGU